AUGGGAGAGCAGGAGCCUGCCAACGCCGAUGUCAACGUCGACGCGGAUGUCGAUGAGGACGUCGACGUCGACGCCCACGCCGCGCCAGCUGAGGAGGCGCACGCCAUGGGAGAGCAGGAGCCUGCCAACGCCGAUGUCAACAUCGACGCGGAUGUCGAUGAGGACGUCGACGUCGACGCCCACGCCGCGCCAGCUGAGGAGGCGCACGCCAUGGGAGAGCAGGAGCCUGCCAACGCCGAUGUCAACGUCGACGCGGAUGUCGAUGAGGACGUCGACGUCGACGCCCACGCCGCGCCAGCUGAGGAGGCGCACGCCAUGGGAGAGCAGGAGCCUGCCGACAACGCUGUGGACGCAGGUGAGGAUGGCGCAGGCUCGACACCGAUGCCACAAGCGCUGGCAGAAGCUCCUGACUCACCGCGUGCCUCCGCACCAGUGGAAAAAGUCGAAGACAAGGACGAGCAAGAAGAUCCAGCAGUGGCUCAAGACGGUGAGUCGCCGGCAGAAUCGCUCGAUAAGAGAGAGGAUGAGCAUGGCAGCGUGGAUGCUGUGGCCGGCGCAGAUGCUGCAGCGACGCCUUCGCUUAUCACCGCAGACGAUGGCGCGCAGGUUGAUGCUAAGGUCGAAAACGCCUCCGACUUAGCGGAACUCGACGCUGAGAAAAAUAAAGGUGAGAGUGGCAUGGCCCCAUCAGAUCGGGCUGUAGAGGACUCAGCUGCAGCCACAUCUGCUGCCGGUGCUGUUCCUCCUCCGGAUGCUAACACUGUAGAAGCAAAGGUCGUACCUCCCGCAGCGGGGACUGAGGGAGAACAGCAAGACCGCGCUUCCUCGCCAGAGAUGGCCGCAGCGUUACCGAAGCCGUCACCGCCGCCGCACGAUCUGCCUAGGCGGCAACCACAGCAGCAAGUCUCUCGACCGCAGUCACAACAGCAGCAGCGGCCCGCUGUCGCGCUGCAUUUCGGUGACACAUCACUCACCCCUUCCAUGUCGCCCUACGUGACGACCGCCAGCGUAGAUGGGGUGUACGACUUGCCCGAAGCGGAGCGCAUCGCCAUGGCCUCCGCAUCGUUGACCCCUAGCACCGCCCUCGCCGUCUUCCGCCGCGGUCACGAGAACAGCCACGUCAACCGGAUGGAGAUAGGCUCCUACUCGCGCUACCUGCUCUCGACCGAUCACAUGUCACCCCUCGUGCUGGAGAGCACCUUUCACGGAACCAAGUCUACCGUAGGCGCGGUUCCACUCAACACCCUCAAGCGAUUCAGUCGCGGCAGUGCAAGCAACGUUUGCGUCGAUGACAGCAUCGCGUCCAGGGCAACGUCGGAGCGCAAGCAGUCCCCGAGAGCAGCCGCGUCGACUGCUUCCUCGGCUCGCCGCAGCUACCAGCUACCGCGAUCCGUCUACUCGGCGUCACGCCAAACGAUGUCGGACUCUUUCGGCGGCACCACCGCCAGCAGCACCAACCUCCGCCGAGAAAUUGACAUGCUGGGCGAUGCGCACCUCCCAGAGCUCAACACGCUGCGUCAGCAGCGCCGCCGCGACCCUCGACAUGGCAAGUCGACGGAAGAACAGCACGACUACAUCUACUACAACCACCGCAGCAAAGGCUUCUACGUCCCACACGACCCGCCGGCCGACACAGUGAUGCUUCAGUACAACCACCUCUACGGCUUCGGCGACGGCACCCGCUUCGCCCCCGUUGCGCCGCCUCUGAGCAGGGAGAGCGGCAACGCCGGUGCGCCAGCAGGGAUGACGGUGCACCGCCGUAACCCGCACGCGGCCCCGCCUCGCACGUUCGCUGAAACGCGUGGCUGUGCUUUUCCUUUCACCGCCUCGCAGCGACAGCACGCCUACGGUGGCACGGCGUAUCGGCGCAGUCGUAUGACCACGUCAACGAGGGCGAUGUCAAGCUCACCUGGCCGCGAAAAUCAGCCGCAGCGUCCGGAGACUCAGAAGGGCUCUAGCUCACUGCGCACGGCAAAGGCAGUGGACCUGGGACAGCUGCACUGCACGCAGCGCUCUCGCAAGCGCACGAUCGAGGAAGUCAUGGCAGAUCAGCCGCAGCGGUACCUCUGUGGCGCUGAAGGGGUCCGCGGUGCGCUGGUGCAGGACAUCGAGCGAGACAUUGAGGACGGCAAGCUGCAUUGGGAGGAGGUGCCGCCGGUCAUGCAGAAGGCGAUGGUCUCCGCGACGACAGCAGCUGCGGCGGUAGCACAGCGUAAGCAGUCCGCGCCUUUAGUGAGUGUACCGGCCUCUUCGGCCGUCUCCGCCUCUGGGCAGCGGGCGCACCGUGUUGAGUCGCUGGCUAUGGCGCCGAGUGCACUGGAGAACGUGAUGGGUCAACUGCGUACAAUGCCCGCCAUCACCGCCGCAUCAGGUGGUGAGCCAGGCGCGCGUGGCGGUGCCGCGGCAAAGAUCAUGUCCACGGCGCCGCCCUCCCCAGCCGCCGAGGCGGCGAGAGCGACGAGUCCUGAGCCCAUGGCAGGCUCGGCAGAGAGCACGUCACGGCGGCUUCCGAUCGACUCCGUGGCCGCGGCGGCGUCUCUCCCUGCCAUCUCGCGCCUCAACUAUACAUCCCAGCCAACGAAGCGGUCCAACCCAAGCGCCUUCGUCUGA